CUGCCAUAGCCCGCGGCGGAGGUCGGAGCCCCGCGGAGUUUCGCUCUGCGGUCACAGGUGCGGCCGAGGCGCCGUCCUUCCGGGCGCUGGGCGGGGCGCGCACCUCGCGACGAUCCGGGUGCUCCUGACCUGUGGGGUCUCCCGGCUUAGUUCCGGCUUCUUUGGGGCGGGAUCUCUAAAGACAGUGGGUUUCAGCCAGAAACACAAAGACGAACGCCGGCUGGCGCGGGCAGAGCCGGGGACACAAUGAGAUUUGUGGGACCGGGCUCCCAGAGGCUGGCGCCGGGGAGACCCCAUAGCAAAGAAGCUCGGUAACCCGGGUCAGUCGUGGGUUAAUUAAAACCGCAGAGCCUUCCCGACCCCUCGGAAGCGCGUGUGAAAAUUGCAAAUGUCGUCAAACGAUGGAAGAUCCAGGAAUCGGGACAGGCACUACGAUGAGGUCCCAGGUGACUUGCCCUAUCAAGAUGAUACCGUAAGAACUCUUCACAACAGUGAGCGGGCAGUGAGCGCUGAUCCCUUGCCACCACCCCCUCUCCCAUUACAGCCACCAUUUGGCCCAGACUUCUACUCAAGUGACGCAGAAGAACCAGCUCUAGCGCCAGAUCUCAAACCAGUAAGGCGCUUCAUCCCUGACUCCUGGAAGAACUUCUUCAGAGGGAAGCAAAAGGACCCCGAAUGGGAUAAGCCGGUAUCUGAUAUCAGAUACAUCUCCGAUGGAGUGGAGUGUUCACCGCCAGCCUCUCCAGCAAGACCAAACCACCGUUCGCCCCCCACCUCCUGCAAAGAUCCUUACGGAGGGUCAGAAGGAACCUUUAGUUCCCGGAAAGAGGCUGACGCAGUGUUUCCCCAGGAUCCCUAUGGAUCGCUAGACCGACACACACAAACAGUUCGAACAUACAGCGAGAAAGUGGAGGAGUAUAACCUGAGAUAUUCCUACAUGAAGUCGUGGGCAGGCCUGCUGAGAAUACUGGGUGUGGUGGAGCUGCUUUUGGGGGCCGGCGUCUUUGCUUGUGUCACAGCUUACAUUCACAAGGACAGUGAGUGGUACAACUUGUUUGGCUAUUCACAGCCCUACGGCAUGGGAGGCGUUGGUGGACUGGGCAGUAUGUAUGGGGGCUAUUACUACAGUGGCCCUAAGACCCCUUUUGUACUCGUGGUUGCUGGAUUAGCUUGGGUCACCACCAUUAUUAUUCUGGUUCUUGGCAUGUCCAUGUAUUACCGGACCAUUCUUCUGGACUCUAAUUGGUGGCCCCUAACUGAGUUUGGAAUUAACGUUGCCUUGUUUAUUUUGUAUAUGGCCGCAGCCAUAGUCUAUGUGAACGAUACCAACCGCGGUGGCCUCUGCUACUAUCCGUUAUUUAAUACACCAGUGAACGCAAUGUUCUGCCGGGUAGAAGGAGGACAGAUAGCUGCAAUGAUCUUCCUGUUUGUCACCAUGAUAGUUUAUCUCAUUAGUGCUCUGGUUUGCCUAAAGUUAUGGAGGCAUGAGGCAGCUCGGAGACAAAGAGAAUAUAUGGAACAACAGGAGAUACAUGAGCCAUCAUUGUCAUCGAAAAGGAAAAUGCUGCAGUGUGAAAUGGCCACCAGUGGUGACAGACAAAGAGAAUCAGAAGUUAAUUCCAAAGAAUUGAGAACAGCAAAAAUGAAACCUGAACUACUGAGUGGACACAUCCCCCCAGGUCACAUUCCAAAACCUAUUGUGAUGCCCGAUUAUGUGGCAAAAUACCCUGUGAUUCAGACGGAUGAUGAGCGAGAACGCUAUAAAGCUGUGUUCCAAGACCAGUUUUCAGAGUACAAAGAGCUGUCUGCAGAAGUUCAAGCUGUCCUGAGGAAGUUUGAUGAGCUGGAUGCAGUGAUGAGCAGACUGCCACAUCAUUCAGAAAGCCGGCAGGAACAUGAGAGAAUUUCAAGAAUCCACGAAGAGUUUAAGAAAAAAAAGAAUGAUCCUACAUUUCUGGAAAAAAAAGAACGCUGUGAUUACCUAAAGAAUAAACUUUCUCACAUAAAACAAAGAAUUCAAGAAUACGAUAAAGUAAUGAAUUGGGAUAUACAAGGUUAUUCUUAGCCCUUUUUUUUUUUUUUUUUUUUUUUUUUUGAGGCAGAGUCUCGUUUUGUCACCCAGGCUGGAGUGCAGUGGUGCAAUCUCGGCUCACUGCAACCUCAGCCUCCGGGUUCAAGCGAUUCUCCUGCCUUGGCCUCCUGAGUAGAUGGGAUUACAGGCACACAACACGGCACCCAGCUAAUUUUUGUAUUUUUAGUAGAGAUGGAGUUUCACCAUGUUGGUCAGGCUGGGAAACCACUUUUUUUUAAAAAAAUAGCAAGUUUACUAUUUAUUUACUGCCUUUUAAAUGCCAGCCUUUGUGGUAGAGAAGUAAGCAAUUCCUGAAUCAGCUUCCAGUUGGUUUAACCAGUAUGCAACAUUAAAGAUUUUACUCCGACAUUUUAAAACAAAUUCAAAUGUACUAAGGGCCUUUACUAAGAAUGGAACAAUUCCUGUGUUCAGCUGUGACCAAUUUCAUAUUUGUCCAUCUCAUUUAAAUGUGUCAUCAUUUUAGAGAUCAUAUCCUGGCAGCAUGAUGGGCAAGUGGACUGCCAGUUCUGGUGCGACUUUCCUUUUUAACUCAGGCAGUUUCCUAGGAUUUUUCUAGGACAAAUUUCUCUUCCUAUAGAAAUUCCUCAGGGAUUUCUAAAGGAUUUUUCUAAGGGUAAAUGGGUGAUAUUUUUCAAAGAUUUCAUUUAUUCCCUUGAAUAGUGUUUGAAUCCCAGAUCAACAUUUUCAAACAUUGUGAUCUUGGGGAAAUUGUUUAAUCUCUCUGUGCCUGUUUCCUCUUCCAUAGAAUGGGGCCAAUAAUAGUCCCUUCCCCAUAGAGUUGUUAUGAGGAUUAAAAGAAUCACUAAUAUAGUAAGGACUAUAUUAGUGUUUGUGAAAUCUACAGAAGUGUUUGUGAAAUGAAUAAAUUAUAAAGAAUGAGUCUC